AUGAGGCUCAUCCGUAACGUAUUGUGCCAAACUCUCCAGGAUCCCAAUGAUAUAGAACCCUCAUCAGGGGAAGAGGAAUCCGAAGAAGAUGAGGAUGAGGAAUCUGAAGCAGAUUCCGGCCCCUCCAAAGAGAUGACCCGUGAAGAACGCAAAGCUGCCGCCAAGGCCAGAAAAGAGGCCGCCAUCGCCAAAAAGAAAAUUGUUUUGCCAGGUGAACUACCCCCUUCCGGAGACGAAGAUGAAGAUGAAGACAUGCCCGCAAAUCCCAACCAUACUGCCAAAUCGCGAUCCCAAGCCGCCAAGAGUCCGGCGGAAACUAAUGGUGAAGCUGUAACCGCGAAAUCUGGGAACGGUCCACUAUCUCGUAAGGAGAGGGAGGCAGUUCAGUCACAGCAGGCGCGUGAACGAUAUAUGAAGCUGCACGCGGAAGGCAAGACUGAAGAAGCUCGUGCUGAUCUUGCGCGGCUAGCUAUUAUCAAAGAGCGUCGUGAGGCGGAAAAGGCGCGCAAGGAGGCUGAGAAGGAGGAGCGGGAGGAACGGGAGCGUGAAAAGGCUGAGGCGAAGUCUAGGGAAACUAAAAUGCGGGAGGCCGCUCUUGGCCCUGGUGCGAAGGGGAAGAAACUCAGCCCGAAGAAGAAAUGA